UUACCUCGCUUGCUCUCGGAAGUUCGUAUCUACACAACUGCGUCUUCUGGGUCCGUACGUUUUGAUAAGACCAUACGAUCUCUGGGGCUGGGGAUGAGGGCUGACCAGAAACGGUCACUGACACCAACCACUGCCGCAAAAGAGAAGAGGGUUCGAGUCAAGCAAGAUCACGAUUGGGACGAGGACGAAAUACCUUUCUUUCUGGACCAAAACGACUGCUUCCAAAACACAGUAAAAUCUGAGAGAGGGGAUACAAAAGAUCCAACGCGGGGUGCUGAAUUUAAACGCAUCAUACAACCCCAAUCCCGCUCGGUGAAUACUCUGGUCAUUCAGACAACUCGAGAAUUGGCCGCUGUUGGCAAGCGUCUCGUCCAGGCACCUCGACUCUUGGACGAUGGAAUACUGUUUGACUGGGUGCUCGACUAUUCGGCGAAGCAAGAAUCCGUUGACUCCUUGCUGGCGGUUGCCGGUAUUGACACGCGUGCUCUCGGGCCUGCAUUACAGCGGGUUGCACCCUCGGGUUCAGAACAAGGCAGUAGUCGAGAUGCCCUUCCCAUGAUCAUUGACCUCUUGUCUGAUCAUGAAAGUGACGUCGAUGACAAGACGACCAUCAAGCUCCUUGGUCCGGAGGGAGGCGCAUCGCAUCCUAUCGUCAUUGACAAAGAGGAGGAGGAUGAAUUAGAGCUGACGGUCACAUCCCAACAUGGUGAUGGCUUGGCCGAAUUGUCCCCGAGACCCGCUGAGUCCGCCGCGGACACAAACGGCGAUGACCGUACUGAAGUGAGUACCUCAGCGACAAGUGAAACAAAUGCAGCUGGGCCUUCACAGCUUAGACGGCUUGUUGAUCAUGAUGACGAAGUAGAAGACAUAGCUGCUCCGUGUAGGGACCAUCAUCCGGAGAGGCCAAGGGCGGACCAGAACAGGGAUGACCGGCAAGCCGAAGACAAGAAAAGGGACAGCCGCUCCGUUAAUCUGUACGGUUCAUUCAAUAUGCUCGCCUCUAGCGACAGCGAGAAAGAGUCGGAAGACGAGGAUGAGAGGCCAUCUGAGACACCUGGCAGUGCAACCACCGGCUCACGGGAUUUCGCGGGGAGCAGGCCUGCCAAACAACUGCGCCCGCCGUUUGACCAUGACAACAGGGUGCGGAUUUCAAGGACAACCUUCGAUGAUGCCUCGGCAGAACCGCUCAUUGGAGGCACCCGCGUACCGCCUCGUCCUAGUCGACACAGUCGCACAAUCGCAGGUCCCUCGAAUAGCGGGCGAUCAUCUCAGAAAGCCGCCCGUCCUGCUCGUCGCAGCACUCUAUCUCGAGCAGUGCUCGAAGAACAGGAUAGUGACGGUCGAGAUGGUGACAGGAGCAGCUUGGAGGACUCCGAUGAGUUGAGGCCGCAAGCACUAUCGACAUGGCGCCGUCAUGUGGUAGCCAUCCCGAAAGCGGAGUUUGCGAGGGCCAGGCGGCUCAUCGCACCUAUCGACCAAGGAAUUCCCUAUGCCACCAUAACUAUGAGAGGCGAUGGAUCCUUUAUCGAUAGACGACGCCUGACCAGGAUCUCGGCAUUUUCGCUGCCGCUCUAUGAGCCUGACAAAUCACCUGUUGCCCUUGUGGCAGAUGCGUGUCUUGUCGGGGACAAAACAAUCGUCGUCGGGUACGCACAUGGUGCCCACCAGGCAUCUCUCAUCUUGCUGGGCGAUCAGCGUCAACCUCGUCGCGUGGAUCUGGCCCAUCGAGCGCACAGCACUGUGCAGGAGAACCGCAAUCUGGGCACAUCUCGUCCUAACCCUGGCAUUAGUGCACUUGCACCCUGUGAUGGCUCGCGUCUUCAAUUUCUAUCGGGAGGAGAAGACAGGGCAGUCCAUUUGUGGACUCUGAGGAAUACCGAUGGCGGGUACAAAGCGAGCUCUUGCCGCUUAAAUGUGCCUCAGUUCCAGAAGGUUCAGGCCCUUGCAUAUCGUAGUGCUGACGAGACGGUAUUCUCAUGCGGAGGGACUUCAAUAUCCGAAGUAAAAAUCUCGGCGCGUUAUGCGCCGGACCCUAUCAGGGUGUCCGACGGCCGGAUACUCCAAAUCCACGUCCACCCUCAAGAUCCUCAGGUAGUCAUUCUAGAGGUUGACCAUAUUCAAGAUCAGAUACUGGUCUACGACAUGCGCAAAGGAGGCUUUAACCGCCCGCCAACUCUUCAGUUCGGGCACCGUGACGAGAACGCGCAGGGCAACACCCGGUUCAUGAAGGGUUCCGCCCUUAAUAGCUUCUUCGCACGCCCACACAACGAUGGCAAGACGGGAGUCGUGCAAGUCUGGGACUAUCGUCAAGCAAGGGCGGUAGUAGCAUGUUUUAAGGAAGAGCACCCGGCGCCAAUCGUGCAUACAGUGCUGUCUGGAUCCGACGUCCUAGCAUACGGAGGACCUUCGGUUACAGUGUGGAGGACCAACAACAGAAACUGACAUAUAUCACGAGAACCAUUAUUAUAUUCGAAUCAUGACCGUGUGAUGUACAAGUAUGACUAGACCGAUGGAAACGUGCUUUGUUGCGGCAUGUUCACCGCGAGCGCGCGAGGGUGGUGUGGCGUCACUCGGACUUUGUCCAUCCCGCGAGCUCAACUGAAAAGCCGACAGCAAGCUUGGAGAAUUCUAGCAUGUGCUCAAAGCUGAAUUCGUCCGAGGUAUCGAAACGGCUA